AUGUUAUCCCCAACAAUUCGUCCGUGGAAAACAUCGGGAGCUGCAAGCGUUUCCUAUCAAGCCGGGGAUUUAAAUCGUCAUUUGGUGGUGCUCCGGGAAAGGCGAGAGUCAAAGAAAGAAAUUCAUGUGGCCAUUCUCUCUAGAGCCAAACAUUUUGGGGAUUCCAUAAUGAGUAAGGAAAGACCCAAGAGGAAUAUUAUCCAAAAGAAAUAUGACGACAGUGAUGGGAUCCCGUGGUCAGAGGAGCGGGUCAUGCGCAAGGUGCUCUACCUCUCACUAAAGGAGUUCAGGAGUGCACAGAAACGGCAGCUGGAUGGAGAUGGAACCACGACCUCCGAAUGUUCUUUAGCCAAUGGGCAGCUGAACGGCUCGGUGUCUAAGGGCAUCCACAAAGAAGAUGGCUUGUUGCGCUCAAAAGGAAUGGGCGCGAGCGGCGGCUACGAGGACGGUCCUGCUAAAAAGAGGCCUCGGCUUCAUGCCCAGAGGAAGUUUGCGCAGUCCCAGCCCAACUCUCCCAGCACCACUCCGGUCAAGGUGUCAGACUCCAGCCUGAACACUGGACUGUCCGCCUCCCUCUCGUCUCUCUCCUCAUCCAUCCUGGACCUGUCCCGACGCAAACCCAAAACAGAGGACUUCCUCACCUUCCUCUGUCUCCGAGGCUCGUCGGCUCUGCCCAAUAACAUGGCCUACUUCGGCAGCUCUCAGGAAGAGGACGACCUGGAGGAAGAGGAGCAGGAGGAAGAGGACGAGCUGAGGAGUGGGCUGCACUCGGACAACGCCUCUGCCUCCUCCUCCUGUCACUCCACACCACGGAAGGGCCGGCUGCCAGGGAGACAGCCCCUCAAUGGACACGUGUUCCACAGCCAUUCAAGGGGGACCCGGGAGAGUCCAAGGCCCAAAGUAGGGUCCCAUGGCCGGGAUUCAUCCGGUCCACAACUGCCACCUCCUCCACCACCACCGCCGCCGCUGCUGAGGGAGCGCAGUGAACGAGCUGAAGCCAGGGAGCACGCUCGGGAACAGGCCCUGGCCCGGGCCAGUGCCUCCAACGGGCUGUCCUCAAGACGGGCUGCUGAGGAGAUACGCAAGCAGGUCGCUAAACUAAAUGGCCUCACACGGACCGGAUCAGCACCUCCCAUCGGCGGUGGUGCCAAAAAGAACCGUGACUUCCGACUGCCGUCCAAAACUGUGAAGAAGUACACAGCCACCGUGUCCAAGGGCCACGUCACCUACACCAAAGCCAAACAGCGAGAACUGGGCAAGAAAACCAAACUCAGCCACAGCAGCAAACACAGCAGCGCCUCAACGGCAUCGUCAGCGAACAAUCACAAUCAGCACAGCCAGCCAGCAGCCAGCCCCAUGCUGGCCCACUCAGGAAAAGCAGCCGCACCAGCCCCUCUCAGCAAUGCAAAAACACGCAAACAGGUGCUAUUAUCAAACGGGCUGCACAACGCCAGUACCCGCCUCAACGGUCGACUUAACGGCCAGCGGCACAACAUACUGUCCAAGGAGUACGCUCAAAAACUGUCCCAACAGAGCCAGGUAGAAUGUGCCGGACGAGAGGGGCUGCGAAACUCCAAGCGGCGCCUGGAAGUGGUCCUUCAUGCUAUUGAGACUGGACCCAAGUCUCCAAUCACUGACGCCAAAAAGGUUAAGCUUCAGGCCUCGGCUCUGGAGACACGGAGCAGUAGUAAAAAGGUGGUCCAACAGGAGAAGGCCAUCGCACCCACAGUGGCCCCCACCACACCACUCACCAAUGGACAAAUAAAAGAAGCAGCUCUCUCACAAAGCUCCCCGGACCCCCCUGAAUCUUCCAAACCACCGCCUUCCAAACCUUCUCCUCCCUCGAAACAGAGUCCUAAACAGCCCCCUCCCAUUACACCUGUCGUCAAUACAGAGGUGCUCAACCAGCGGCCCAAGCGGGCCUCUGCUGGUAAACUCAUGCUCAUCCGACAAGCCCAGCAGCAGCUGAGCCGGUCUCACAACAGGAACUCCAGCUCAUCCUCGCCCUCCAAUCACAAUCAGCCCCAAAAUCUCAACACUACCUCAGAUCCCCAACACUCCUCCUCCACUGCCCCUGCCUCGGCUUCUUCGCUGCUCACCAAUGGCCCACUUAAGGCGGCAGGACCUCGGCCAGACCGAGACAAGGAGUGGGAGCGUGAGAAAGAGCAGACUCGGCAGAAGGAGCGCGAGCAUGAGUGGGAAAGGCAGCGGAGCAGAGCAGACGGCUGGUCGGUGCUUGGACAGGCCCCCAUUUUCAGACCAGCGUCACGCGAGUUUCACGACCCACUGGUGUACCUGGACGCAGUGCGGGAACAGGCGGAGGGAGCUGGGCUGUGCCGGGUGGUGCCCCCUCCUGACUGGAGGCCUGAGUGUAAACUGAGUGAGGAGAUGCGUUUUGUUACACAGGUGCAGAGGGUCCACAUGUUGGGACGCCGAUGGGGUCCCAAUGUCCAGCGCCUGGCCUGCAUCCGGAAACACCUUAAAUCUCAGGGCAUCACCAUGGAGGAGCCACCUGUCAUCGGUGGGUGUGAAGUGGACUUGGCUCGAUUUUUCCAGUUAAUAAAUGACAUGGGCGGCAUGCAGCAAGUUAUGGACCUUAAGAAAUGGACCAAGCUGGCCGACCUUCUGCGUAUCCCUAAGUCUGCACAGGACCGCCUGGCCAAGCUGCAGGAGGCCUACCUUCAGUACCUGCUGUCGUACGACUCGCUGGCCCCGGAGGAGCGGCUGCAGCUGCAGAUGGAGGUGGUGCUGGAGAAGAAGGGCCUGGAGUCUCGCAAAGGCCCUCUGGAGGCCUUCUCCGACUCCUUUGCUCCAAGCGCUCUGGCUUUGCCCCGAUACGAGCCCAAGAAUGGGGUGGUGUGUGGCCUGGUGGGCGCAGCAGCUCACCCUCGUACCAAUGGAGUGUAUCACCCUCUGAAGGAGCUGGAGGCACAGGUCAAAGUGGGCCGGCGGCGGCUUUUUUCUCAGGAAAAACAAGGCAAAGAAGACAAACAGCAUGAGGACGAGAAGGAGGAGGAGCAAGAGGGCGUCCUCAGUGACCAGCACAAAUGUAUCAACAAGGGUAAAUCUGUUUCAUUGACUAACUUCUUCAGGAUAGCCCGAAACACUAUGACCAUGUGCUUUAGCAAGGAGCCUGGAGCAGCUGAUGUUGAGCAAGAGUACUGGCGACUAGUUGAACAAAGGGACAGCCACGUGGCAGUGCAUUGUGGGAAGGUGGACACAAGUACACAUGGAAGUGGCUUUCCCACUGGAAAGUCCGAGCCAUUUUCCAAACAUGGAUGGAAUCUCACUGUCCUCCCGAAUAAUUCGGGAUCCAUUCUGAGACAUCUUGGUGCUGUGCCUGGGGUGACCAUUCCCUGGCUAAAUGUUGGCAUGGUUUUUUCUACCUCAUGCUGGUCUCGCGACCAAAACCGCCUUCCAUAUAUUGAUUACUUACACACUGGUGCUGAUUGCAUUUGGUAUUCUAUCCCUGCUGAGGAAAAAGCAAAGCUGGACAAAGUGGUCCAUACACUGCUUAAGGCCAAUGGCACACCAGGAUUAGAAAUGCUGGAGAAGAAUAUAAUGAUCUCUCCAGAGGUGCUUUGCCGUGAAGGCAUCAAGGUUUACCGCACGGUCCAGAGGAGUGGGCAGUUUGUGGUCUGCUUCCCUGGUGCCUUUGUGUCUAAAGUGUGCUGCGGAUACAGUGUGUCAGAGACUGUCUACUUUGCGACCCCACACUGGAUGAACCUGGGCUACCAGGCUGCAAAGGACCUGAAGUGCCGUCAUAUAGCCAAACCGUUCUCCAUGGAGAAGCUACUGUAUCAGAUUGCCACAGCGGAGUCCAAGAGGGAUAAUGGCCUUCUCCUCUCCACCAUCUCUGCCCUUCUAAAAGACCUCAGGAAUAUAGAGAUGCAUCAACGGCAGGAACUUUACAACGCAGGUCUACAGUCAUCAGCACGCUACGGGACCCACGACAGCAGCCUGGGUCCUAGCGAGGCCCGCAAGAAACCCCGCGGCAAGUGGCUAGCACUGGAGUCCUCUGAGAGACGCUGCCAAAUCUGCCAGCAUCUUUGUUACCUGUCUAUGGUUGUGCAGGAGACAGAGAAUGUGGUCUUCUGUCUGGAGUGUGCUCUGCGUUAUGUGGAGAAACAUAACAAGUCAUGCAGAGGCCUCAAAAUGAUGUACCGAUAUGAUGAGGAGCAAAUCAACAGCUUGGUGAACCAAGUGUGUGGCCGGGCUAUGUUGAAAAGCGGAGGUGCUAAUCUAGUGGUCAGUGGAGUGGGAGUGGGUGACCCCUGUAACGGCUUGAGUCCUGCCAAAGCGUCGCCAGCCAAGCGUGGACCCCGGAAACGUGCCACUGUGGAGGUGUCCUUGGCUCGCCUGUCCUCCAGCCACCUGCCCAAAGCAGCAGCUGUGUCCUGA